CUUCUGUCUACGGUGGCCCGAAGGCGGCGGCUCGGGGCGGACGGACCCGCGGAGAGGACGGCGGCGGCGGCAGCGGUGUUGGGAGGAUAAACAAGCUCCACCCGAGAACGCAGCCAAGGGAUGGCUUUCUCUCUAGUUGAACAUGGAGGCCGCAGGGACAGAUGAAGUUGACAAGCUGAAAACUAAAUUUAUGUCAGCAUGGAACAACAUGAAAUACAGCUGGGUGUUGAAAACAAAGACGUAUUUCAGCAGAAAUUCACCAGUGUUAUUGCUGGGAAAAUGUUAUCAUUUCAAGUCUGAAGAAGAAAAUGAAACGGCACCUGUCAGAUCAAGAUGGCCAGUAGAAAAUGACCAUGUAGUCAUUUCUGGGAAUGUAGAAGAGUUUCGUAGAGAUUUCAUUUCUAGAAUAUGGCUGACCUACAGAGAAGAAUUUCCCCAAAUUGAGGGCUCUGCCUUGACCACAGACUGUGGGUGGGGCUGCACCUUGAGAACUGGCCAGAUGCUCUUGGCCCAAGGGCUCGUCCUCCAUUUCCUUGGCCGAGCCUGGACCUGGCCAGAUGCACUGGACAUUGAAACCUCAGAUUCUGAAUCAUGGACUUCUCACACUGUAAAAAAACUCACCGCCUCGUUUGAAGCAUCCCUUGUGGGAGAGAGAGGCCCACCAUCCAUUCUUAAAGAAACACGCAGGAGGAGUUUCGAGGUUGAAGGCAGAAAUGAGAUCUGCCACAGGAAAAUCAUCUCAUGGUUCGGGGACUCCCCACUGGCCUGCUUUGGCUUGCACCAGCUAAUUGAGUAUGGGAAAAAGUCUGGGAAAGCGGCUGGAGACUGGUACGGGCCAGCUGUUGUUGCACACAUUUUAAGAAAAGCAGUUGAAGAGGCGAGACAGCCUGAUUUACAAGGAAUAACAAUUUACGUUGCUCAGGAUUGUACAGUUUACAAGGCUGAUGUCAUUGACAAACAGUGCAUUUCUACGGGCUCUGAGAAUGCAGAAGACAAAGCUGUUAUUAUCUUAGUUCCUGUUCGCCUUGGAGGAGAGAGGACCAAUACGGACUACUUAGAAUUUGUGAAGGGAAUUUUAAGCCUUGAAUAUUGUGUGGGCAUCAUUGGUGGAAAACCCAAGCAGUCAUAUUACUUUGCCGGAUUUCAAGAUGACAGUUUGAUAUACAUGGACCCUCAUUACUGCCAGUCUUUUGUAGAUGUCAGCAUAAAGGAUUUCCCUCUUGAGUCAUUUCAUUGUCCUUCUCCAAAAAAGAUGUCAUUCAGAAAAAUGGACCCUAGUUGUACCGUGGGAUUUUACUGUAGAAACAUCCAAGACUUUGAGCGCGCUUCGGAAGAAAUCACCAAGGUACUGAAAGCCUCCUCCAGAGAGAAAUACCCUUUAUUUACUUUUGUCAAGGGUCAUGCCAGAGACUAUGAUUUCACCUCUACUCCAACCAAUGAAGACGACCUUUUCUCAGAAGACGAAAAGAAAAAAUUGAAAAGAUUUAGCACAGAAGAGUUUGUCUUGCUCUGAGGACAUUUUGCAUUAGGGUAUUCGUAGUUACUCAGAACACUUCUUUGAAAAUAAAGAAAAAAAUGAGAGAAACCUACAACACAGAAACUGAUCUAUUUUUGUAAAUAUUUUAGUGAUUUUUUUUUACAUUCUUUCACAAAAGAGCAUUUGAAAAUAUACAUUUUUAAAGAUGUGUGUAUUUCUGAAAGCGACUGAUUGAAAGAAUCUUUGUUGCUAAUGAAAGUCUGGCAGUCCUGGCUAAUAUGGCUGAGUGGGUGGUGGAUGAUCUGUGUAUAUGUUUUCCGAAUGAAUCCCCCAUAGUCCUGUAGAUCUUGGACCCGUUUACUGUGAGUGGCCUGGGGGUUUUGUUUUGCCCAUCUGUGAUCCUGGGGCCCGAGGCCACUGUACACCAUCCAAGAUUUAAACUUGUCUUGCUGAUGGACGAGACUGGACAGUUAACCCCUGAUGCUACAUGGCCUUCACCUCCACGUGUUUAAUACAACCAAAGUGUCCAUCCAGUUGUUCCUUGUUCAGUCUGAAUAGCAAUUACUCACUGUAACAGGUACAAUUAUAUUGGCAGAAUUGUGAGUUAAGAUACUAUUUAGCAGUAAGAUUUCAUAAUGGCUGUUCCUUAAGCUUAAGAUGGAACCUUCUUAUGAGAAAUGACUACAAAGUAUUGGCUUUCCCCACAUUUUUUAAAGCUGAUGUUAUUAAUAUUAACUACAACCAGUCAAGCCAGGUAAAGGCAAUUAUUACCUGGGAACGAUGUUUGUUUCCUGUCUCAACCGUGUAAUUUUAUUAAGACUCUGCUUGUGCUGCUGUAGCAUUACAAUCUAGGCUGAAAACCUGGAGGGGGGAAGCCAGUAAAUAUCCUUGUUUGGGAGCUGUCCAUCCUCGGGUCUCUCUGCCAUGACUGUAAAUCAGCGUGCAUUUGUGCGGGUGUUCAGUCACCGAGGCUAUCUACGAGGUAAAUCUUCCUUAAGUUGUAGUACGCUUUCACUAAGAGCAAAUUUGUGAUUUAAAAGUACCAGAGCUAUUAUGGAGCCAGGAUUGUAAAACAAAUGCGUUAAUAAAGAUGUGAGAACAUUAAAUGCCUUA